AUGGCGAACCCUACUAUUGGGGUUUCGUUUGAUCAAAAUGACAUGUCCAGCUGGUAUUUUGGUGGACUGUCUAGAGCUGAGGCAACCAAACUUUUACUAAAUGAAACUGAGAGUGGUGUUUUUCUAGUACGAGACUCUAAAACCAUUCAUGGAGAUUAUGUUUUAUGUGUCAGGGAGGAUGAUAGAGUAUCUCAUUAUAUAAUAAACCGGGUGGUGUCUCCGGACGGUGGUACACGUUAUCGCAUUGGUAACCAACUAUUCGCUGAUAUGCCAGCCUUACUGGCCUUCUAUCGUCUUCAUUACCUGGACACCACUCCUUUAGUUCGGCCACUGCCACAAGCUAAUGCACAAGCAGCCGCACCGCCUCCCGCCCAGCCUCACCAUGUACUGGAAGUUGUAAUCGCAAAGUUCGAUUUUGAUGGUAGCGACGCAGACGACUUACCGUUCCGUCGUGGCGAACGGCUGAUGGUGAUAAAUCGUGAUGAGGAGCAAUGGUGGACCGCCCGGAACGCUCAGGGACGCACAGGCUCUAUACCAGUACCCUAUGUGCAGAGGUUGUUGGACUCAUCGGGAAUGCCAUAUCCAGCAAACGAGGCUCUAACUCAGCUGGGAGACCCCCCGAGUCCUCCAAACAAUAAACAGCAAAAAGGAUCAAAUAUGCAGCGCACUCUGCCAGCGUUAGCACGCGUACGACAAUCGCGGGUCCCUAACGCCUACGACAAAACUGCCCUUAAAUUACAGGAGGGAGAAAUACUUAAGGUGACAAAAAUGAACAUAAACGGCCAAUGGGAAGGCGAGCUGAACGGAAAAGUUGGUCACUUUCCAUUCACCUAUGUGGAGUUCCUUGAUGACAUAACUAGCUAA